CGCGCGCGUUUUUGUUCUGUCUGAGCGCACAGUACACAAAGCAGUGCGCCUGCUUUGGUUAUAACAUAUACAUUGGGCCGCGUGUAGUGUUCGAUAUAUAAUAAUCUAGUUUUGUUUAAUAUUUUUAAAACAAAGCCGCAAUGAUAAGUGUUGUAUUGGAGGUUAUAGAAAAAAACUGAAACUCGGGGCUCAUUGUUGCUUCAGAAGCGCAUGUUGUUUUUCUUACGAACGGGACAGUGAAGAAAGAAGCAGCGUACAUUUAGAAUCAGACGGUUGUUUCGCCCAUCUGUCUGCCUCCAAUCAAUCCUUAUAAACAUAGGACUGCAGGCUACAUAUUGUUAUUGAAGUGGGCUAAGAUUCCCGCUUUAUCAGAUCGGUGUGUGGACACAGGUCUGUCUCUGUCUCUGGGCAGGAGUGUAAUGGCUGAGCCGGACUAUCUGGAGGGGGACUGUGAGGAGCUGAUCAAACCCAAGAAACUGUUGAACCCAGUCAAGGGCUCCAGAAACCACCAGGACCUCCAUCGAGAACUCAUGAUGAACCAAAAGAGGGGCCUAGCUCCCCAGAACAAACCAGAGCUCCAGAAGGUUCUGGAGAAGAGGAAGAGAGAGCAGGUCCUCAAGGCCCAGAGGGAGGAGCAGGAGGCCCACACCAAGAGGAGCGACCUGGAGAUAGAGCUCAUGAAGAGACAACAGAAACUAGAACAGCUUGAGUUGGACCAGCAGAAGGAUGAGGAGGAGCAGGAGAACACCCCUGAGUUUGUGAAGAUGAAGAGCAACCUGAGAAGGACCAAGCAGGAGGCCAAUGGGGAGGAACUUACCACUUAGGGAGCCAUGGAUGGUGUGUUUGUGUGUGUGGAAAAAUAGAAAGCAACUGUGUACUGUACAUAGAGGAAUGUUUGUGCAUAUGUGAGUGUGUGUGCCUGUGUGCAGAUUCAAUGGCACAUGUUAUCUGAUAUGGACUUCCUGAUUUAUCUGACCCUGUUGAGAAAGACUUAAAGACUACAGACCAAUUUGUCUGCCCACUACAGACCAGCAGUACUACAUACCUCUUUGUAAGUCCACUACAGUACUCCCCUCACCACAGUACUCGCCUCACCUCAGCCAGAGAGGAGACUUAGCCACCUGUACUCACCUCAGCCUCUCCACUCAACACACAGCGACAGAGAGGAGACUUAACAUGAACGUGCUACACAUGAAGAACAGACAGUCAAUCUUCUGGGGAGGUCUGAUGCAGGGACCAACAGAACCAACACAGAGUUUCCAUUCCCUCUGUCUCCUGUCUUCCCCUCUGUCUCCUGUCCACCCUCUGUCUCCUGUCUUCCCCUCUGUCUCCUGUCCACCCUCUGUCUCCUGUCCACCCUCUGUCUCCUGUCCAUCCUCUGUCUCCUGUC